UUUUACACAAAUAUAUUGAUUCGUUAUAAUAAUCUGAAAUUGUAACUUGAGAUGAUUGUGGCGGUUCUGCAUGAGUUGAUUUAUCUAUGUGAGUCGAAGAAGACAGAUAAAUAAUGUAUGUUGUUUGGGGGAUUAUUUGGGAUUUGGGAAUAGAUUUAAGAAGGCUUUGAUGCAUCGUCUUGGGAUUUUUUACAUGUCCAAUAAGAUUUACACACAGACUGUUGGUUUUGAGGGAGGCUAAUCGAAAAACUGCUUUGAUUGAUGUGCAUCCGCUGAUAGAAAUGAGGUUCCGUUAUAUUGAUCUCAUGAAUAAAAGACAGAAUAGAAACCCAUUUCAAGUCAGACCUGACGUGCGGAAGAACUCAUCUGUUUUUUCUGCUAAGGAGAUGAAAUGGAUAGUAUAUCCGGGAACAAGACAUAGAGUCAGAAUUGGAUUGCUUCCGUAUCGAAGGUUCAAAGUAGUGAUAAUAAAGUAGAUAUGAUGAGUCAAAGAAAGGCCAUGUCAUUGAUUAAUAAGAAACGCCAUAUUAUUUAUUAUUAUGAUCUUCUGCAAGCCAUGAGGUCAUUUUAUUUAGUCUUUUGAUUUAUCAACCACUUACUGUUGUGCUGCCUCCACGGUGCUGGCUAUAAUUGAACUUUUUGUACUCUUUAAAUUACUUCAAAAUUUACAUAGCUCGGCUUUGUUUUCGAUAUUGGUUUGUUAUUAAUGCGAUUGGUUGUGGAUGUUAAUGCUCCAGAGUUUGAAGCUAUGCCUCUUGUGAAAUGCGGUUAGGCCGAAUGUCAUAGAGCUGAAACUGGAGAGGAGAGGCAACUGAGGCAACUAGAGAAUUUUACAAGCGGAUCUUUCUCCGCUUAGACUCUAUGAGACUAUAAAUUCCAGGAAGAAGUCUGAGGAGAAGGUGUCUGUAGGACUGUAGCGGUAGAUCUGGAUCAGAUGAAGACUAAAAGAGAGAGGAGUUUGAGUGAGUUGACGCCAGAAAAUAAAUGCGAGGGUAAGAACUCUGGUUGUGGGAAAAAGCAAGCUUAUGAUGGUCGUGUAUUCAGAGCUCUUUUUAAGAGACAAUCAAGCAUUAAAGCUGCUGCAGGUAGUUUAGUUUCUCUAUGCCCUCUUCCCAUAUAAAUCUGUCACUUUCUGAUGUUGGGCUUGAAGAGCCUUCAGCAAUUGCAGAAAAAUUGGUUGUUGACUUAUUCCAAGGGAGUUUGCUGAGCCAUUUUAUUUUAUGUGGCAGCCACGUCAGACUACACUUGAGAUCCACCUAAGCUAGGUUACUUUUCAAAAUAUUAAUAUUUUUGUUUAAAUUUAACACUGACAUUACUUAACAUAUUAUAGUUUUUUUAUAAGAAUAUUGGAAUUUUCUGCAGAAGCACUUACCUUAGUCACUCAUCAGUCAUCUGAGCAGGUAAAUCAUUGAUUUUGUCUUUUUCCCACCAUUGUCGAGGAUACCUUGAUAAAAAUUAAUGAGACAUGCAGAAGACAGUGUCAUGUAAAUAUGUGAUCUAUUAUAGAAUGUUCAGUCACAACAUCUUGUUUUGAAAUUCCGAACAUUCUUGUCGCUUCUUACUACAACUUAAUAAAAAAGGCCAAGUUCGUGCACUUUUAUACUCUAGCACCUUUUACAGGUGAGUAGGAAAGAUAUGCACUAGAAACAGGCUCAUUUAUCUAACCAUGGAGUAUGAGAGAAUUCAGAACUUCAGUUUUACGCAGACUAGCCUUAUUUCUCCAACUAAAUUGAGGAUGAAGCCUAUGGGUCACCAGAGGAAAAUAGAUGAUUCUGAUAUUAAAUCAGCUCGUACACAUCCUCAGCUUCAGGAUAUCGAGUUCGUUGAGAACAGCUUAUUAGCUUCUAAUGUUGAUUAUGAUGAGCAAGUGUGUAAUACAGGGAAUGCAUCACUGCAUUCCAGCUUGAGCGGCAUUGUAUCAAAUGGUACUCAAGGGGAUCAGAGUUCUUUUUGGUUAAAGGAAUUUACGUCAGGAACUCCAUAUCGUUGAUUAAGCCUAAGCCUAAUCAACAGUCGAAGUACUGAAAUCUACAUCAAGUAACCUUCUAUAUUCUCACUUCUGGCCUCAUAGCAAUUUCUUUCCUGCAAACCAGGGAUUUUGUCAUAGGCCCCUUUUUGUCUCCCCCACAAGCAGAAUUUAUUUUUACACGGGAAUGUGAUGAAUCAUUAUGUAUGCUCACUGUGGCGCUGUUUGAUUUAACUGUUUGGAUUUUGAUUAAUUUAUAAGAAAUGAACCGUGAUUAAUUUAUUUCGCUCUGAUAAGCAAGGUCAGUAGUGACAGCAUGAAAUAGUAACUCUUAAACAUACUUAUAAUUCUUUUUUCCAUCUAAACUGGAUUAGCAUGAACUCUCCAACACUUUAUGGUAAUCCUAUACUUUUACUGACUUCGUGUUAAAUUAAUCUAUUGUUUGAUGCUUAAAAUGAUUUAUUGACUCUGAUGUGUUUUGUUUGCAUUUGACAAAGCAAGGGCAGUUUAAACAUCAAGAUUGAGUCCGACUGAGAGUACUGGUUCUUGUACAGUCCUUGAUUAACAUGCUCUGUGCUAAUUCUCGUAUUCUUUUUUGUUAAGAAAGUGUGUAUCGAGGUUCGGGUGAUUUCAAGAGGAAGAGAAUACUUCUAAAAUAUUCAAUAUCAACAAGCUCGAUGAAACAGAGUUGAUGUAAAAAGCUGAAAUGAUACAGGAACACUGGAUGCCACCAAAGGAAGAUGCAUUACUAUUCAAACAACCCAGUAGUUAAAUACAUCAACAAAUUCAACCAGCAAUGAAGCCUCUGCAAACAGUAUACAAUCGGAGAGGUUGGUACUCUCCAAUUUUACUGCUAUAUUAAAAGUUUGUCUAUUUUACUGGUCUUUUUUGCUACAUGUACAUAAGUGCAAGUAUAUAACCAAUAAUAGCAACAUCGAGAGAAUGAAGAAGCUAAAUUGAGGCCUUAGAAGACAUAAUCGACUAAAGAUUGAGGUGAUGCAGUUUAGAGAAGGUAGUGACUUGAUUGGCCUAUUAUUGGAAUUGUCUUGGUAGCAACUUGAAAUCAAGAAAUGUUGCGAGUUUGGAAGAUGUGAUUCGGCGAGUUCAACCUUUUCUACUUUGUUGGACACGACACCACCUCAUAUAGUCAUAUGUCCUUGCUGUCCUUGCUUGGGCAUUGCUUUUAGUUGAUGAUCAUCCCAACUAGAGAGUUUUGGAAGAAGAGAGUAUACGUGAGUGUUAUGGAGUCAUGGAACACAUGAUUCUAAUAAUCUUCCCAUAUUCAAAGUCAUAGAUAGAAAAUCUACUAUUUAUUUGUCAAAUACACGGAAUAAUGUUACGAUCAAAUCUGUAUUACGCUAUUAUUGUGUAGGAGAUUAUAAUUUUACAUGAGAAUUAUAUUCACGGGGAGAUGUAUUUAUCUAAAUGGUACUACAUCGGAAGGAACCUCUUAGAACAGAAAUAUCUCUUGAAAAAUCUGUGAGAGGAGUGUGCAAUGCAAUGGAUAAAACUUUGCAAUGUAGAAAGAUAAA